AUGUCCAUGCCGUCAGCCUCGUUCUCAGAUCCCCUUAGCACUUUCGAUAGGAGCCGCGAUCGGCGACGGCAAUGGAUCAAUGGUGAGCUGAUUCGCGGGCAUACAAACGGCGACGAUGCCGUGUAUGCAAGCGAUUAUUUCAUAUGUGCAAACGACGGUGUCGGGGCUUGGUCCACAAGGCCCCGGGGACAUGCCGGGCUGUGGUCACGAUUAAUACUGCACUUUUGGGUGGCGGCGAUGGAGGACGAUAUGCUCAAACCCCGCGACCCAGGUCAAGAAUAUCAACCGGAUCCUGUCGCUUACCUUGACCGAGCCUUUGGGCAAACUAUCGAGGCGACUUCCUCCCCGAAUGAUUGCCAAGGAACCACCACGGCCUGUGGUGCUCAGCUACAUUACAAGACAUCCGUCGACGAAGGAGGACAUGACACACCUCUAUUAUACGUCACAAACCUUGGGGAUAGCCAGGUCCUGGUUCUGCGCCCCGCCGAGAAACAGGUGCUUUACAAAACGACGGAGCAGUGGCACUGGUUCGACUGUCCACGGCAGCUCGGGACUAAUAGCCCGGAUACGCCGCCGCAGAACGCCGUCGUCGAUGUCCUCGAAAUACAAGAAGGGGAUGUUGUCUUGGCCAUGUCGGACGGCGUCAUCGAUAACUUAUGGGAACACGAGAUUGUCCGAAUCGUGACUGAAAGUAUGGAGAAGUGGGAGAACACGGAGGAGCCUCGCGUGAAAUCUCUCGCCAAAAUGCAGUUUGCUGCAUCUGAACUAAUGAAUGCCGCCAAAGUUAUUGCCUUGGACCCCUUCGCAGAGAGUCCUUAUAUGGAACAUGCGAUAGAAGAAGGCCUAGCAAGCGCGGGAGGGAAGCUUGAUGAUAUCAGCGUCGUAGCCGCACGCUGUGGUGGAGGGUUGAUUGUCGAGACCAAGAUACCAGGUGGGGUGCGGCUCACCGACUUCACCGAGACAGCUCCUCGAUAA